UCUCCACAGAGAAAAAGGAGUUGGGAUGUAGAAUGCCCAUCCUUUCCAGGAGAAAGACCACUGCAGGUCAGAAGAGCAGGUCUCAGGACAGCAGGGGCAGCUGCCUCUCUCUCUGAAGCAUGGCUCAGGUGUGGAGAAGGGUUUCAGGACGCUUCUGGGACUCCGUCAUUAACAGCUGAAGAGAAGACGAUUACAGAAAAACACCUUGAAUUAUCCCCUAGACCCAAGCAAGAAACUACCACAUUUAAAAGCACCAGUGGGCUUACAGAUAUAACAUGGAGUUCCAGUGGAAGUGAUUUUUCGGAUGAAGAUAAGACACUUUCUCAAUUACAGAGAGAUAAUGGACAUUGUGAAUUACAGUUUAUUGACUGGGAGAUCGACAGUGACAGGGCAGAGGCUAGUGACUGUAAUGAAUUUGAAGAUGAUGAGGGUGCUGUGGAAAUCUCAGACUGUGCUUCUUGUGCAAGUAAUCAGUCUUUGACAAGUGAUGAGAAGCUAUCGGAGCUUCCCAAG